AUGGGUGCGUUCGAUCCGACAGAUUCGAGCACGGAGCUGGGCGGCCAGUCCGCACUGCGCGCCGAAGUAGAUCGAGAGGACGAUGCGGAUCAGUUACGGGCGGGCUCUCCCGAACCAGGACACGAGGAAAAGGACCCCAAGGCUAUCGCACAGAUAUUUCAGUGCCCGGUCGGCCCUCACAUCUUGCGAGACGCCAUAAAGCUUCCGUGUGGGCAGUGUCUCUGCAAGACCUGCCUGCCCGAAAGCUAUACGAGGGCAGGCGUCGAGAAGACAUGGCCUGGGACUUCCGAUAGGAUACCGGGCAUCCGGUGCCCGUGUUGUGACCUGGAGCAUCCGAGGGGCGACUGCUGGCCAGAUUAUUUGUCCAACAGGGCACUUAAGAAGGUGCAGUCACUGGUCGCGACCUUGUGCGUUUCGACGGUCAAGAAUGGCAAGAAAUUGGUGGAGGCCUUCGAGGCGCUGCACCUCGACAGCACGGCACCCGAAAAUGACGCCGACUCUCUCAUAGAGCAAGAGGGAGGGAAACCGAACGGCGCCAUUGACAAGAUGGAAUCUAUUCUGCGUCGGGAGAUGGAUUGUGCGAUCUGCCACUCGUUGCUUUACCAGCCAUGGACGACGCCUUGUGGGCAUACCUUUUGCCACCAUUGCAUUAUCAGGUCGCUCGAGAUCAGCCCAACGUGUCCAAGCUGCAGGACAAAACUCCUCCGGCAGCACAUCGACAAUCGUCUGGGUCCACCGAACGAUUUCAUCGUGCGAGUCACCAAAUACUUCUGGUCAGAAGAUCUCGCACAGAGAAGAGAACAUGUGCGCAACGAGUCUCCUUACCCACCGGACGAUACGGGUCUCAAUACGCCUCUUUUCGUGUGUACAGUAUCAUUUCCAUGCAUGCCAACACUCCUGCAUGUCUUUGAAUACAAGUAUCGGAUGAUGAUGAGGCGGGUGUGGGACGACGGGAAUGGAGGAAAACAUUUUGGUAUGGUUCUACCUGAUGACCAUAAUGGCACGGCACGGGUCGGCGUUCACCUUCGCAUCGAAGAGUUCACCAGACUUCCGGAUGGGCGCAGCUACGUGGAAACCGCGGGCACAUCACGCUUCCGCAUAAAGCGCCGCGGUCUACACCCUGAUGGCUACGUGAUCGCCGAGGUGGAGGAAUUCGAGGACGUCAGCCUCUGGGAAGAAGAGAAUCGCGAAGCCGAUGAGAUCAUCUCCGCCCCGUCUCUGCCGGCCGAUUUUGAGCCCACCACGCGUGACGAUCUCAACCAUAUGACCACGAAGGAGUUGAUGAACUUCGCCUACGUGUCCAUCCGCGCACUCCGCCAGGACAGCCCCGCGUGGCUGCACGGGCGUAUCCUCACCGUCUACGGCCAGUGUCCCGACGACCCGGCGCUAUUUCCCUGGUGGCUGGGCAGCAUCAUUCCAACGACGGAGACGCAGAAGGUGAGGCUGCUGGAGCAAGUCACUGUGCGUGAGCGGAUGAAGAUCUGCUGCGGGUGGAUCCUGGAUUGGAAUGCGCAGCGGAGGAGUAGUAGUUGGUGAGCUUUGACUUUUUUCUCUCUUCUCGUUGUUAAACAUCAUACCUCUCUCCCAUUGUAUUUCUGGAAAGGGAAUAAAGAGCAUCAAAAAAGAAGAGAUAAUUCCUUUGCUGACAGGAAUAUUGGUUGACAGGACAGCAUGUUGUCUGAUGUAAGAGGGGUCCAUGCCUGUGGUUGUUUUGAUAUGCAAGCAUUCGAGAUUGCUUAUGCUGGCUGUAUUCUGUAUUUAGAGUUUUGCACACAUGAUUCCCCAGACUUUGAAAGAUAUCUGCACUAUGCAAUGCUCACCUUUUACUCCUUCCC